AUGUCAUGGAGCAUAAGAGAUUACAAGACAUCACAAUCUGAUGAAGGCCGUGAAUGCAACUGCCGAGCAAGCCUGCGAUGCUCUGAAUCAAGUAGAGGAUUAUGUGCACAACAAUUAGGAGUGGUGAAGAUAGAAGAACAAGAAAAACUUUCCAACUAUGAAGGGGAUAUUGAUGAAUUAGGUCAAGCAGAGAAAUUUGUUAAGGUGUUUUCAUUAACCACUCUGAAUCUUGCUGCUAAAGACUCACUUUUGUCUGUGCAGGAAGCCCGCAAGGAACUUAGGUCUAGUAGGCUUUUCUUAAGAUUGCUUGAGGCUGUGCUCAAAACAGGGAAUCGGAUGAAUGUCGGGACUAUAAAAGGCAGUGUGAGAGCUUUCAAACUUGAUGCUCUGCUAAAACUUGCAGAUGUCAAGGGAACUGAUGGAAAGACCACCUUCCUGCAUUUUGUUGUUCAAGAGAUGAUCAGGUCAGAAGGUGCAAAUGCUAUGGAGACAGCAAGACAGAAAACUAAACAAGACAAAAAUAAGCCAAUGGCUGCUGAGGAAAGAGAAGAGGUUCACAGGGCAAUGGGUCUGGAAGGACUCAUCACAGAGCUCUGCAAUGUCAAGAAGACAAGUAUAGACUGGAAUGUAUUGGUUAGCUCAGCCUCAAAUCUCUCCCGCGGAAUGGAUCAGCUGAAACAUUUAGUAGAAAUAAACCUAUCCAAUGAUGACAUUAGUGGCAGCUUUGUCCACUCCAUGAAAUCCUUCAUGCACCAUGCUGAAAAGAUCAUCCAAGAGCUGAAAAGUGAUCAAAAUAAAGCCCUACAUGUCAGAGAGAUCACCGGGUACUAUUAUCGGAACAUGCGCAGGGAUGAAGCGAAUUCACUCCGGAUAUUCAUAAUUGUGAGGGACUUCCUUGGUAUAUUAGAUCGAGUACGUAAAGAUGUCAGGAGCUCAAGACCCAUCAGGGUCUAAACCCUGUCAUUCCCCAUAGACAACAUGGACUUAUCUUGAACUUUCUUCCUUCUGAGUUGCUGAUUAAAUUACAGUCAUAGAGCAGCAACUGCCUUUUGUUUAGCUUCUUUUUCCCCUCUCUCUCCAAUAUGAAGAAUGAUGCACGAGUCCAUUUUUGUAAGUAUUCCUGCUUUUGUAAAUUCUGAUAAAGUCAUUAGCACUGGACAAAGCAGAUGGAGUUUGAGAUUUUUAUCUACCUCAGUUAUUGCCUCAAUCUGCGGUAACAGGUUACAUGAAGACUUCAACCAUUCUUCUUUUAGUCUUUACUUGGGACUACUGCAUGAUUCUUUCACUAAUAUAGCUUUGAUUAAUUGAGAGGUUCUUCCAAGAAGACUAAGCAGGGUGGCAAGCCUUUUAGAUUCAACAGUGAAAUCAGUCAAUGUAGAGAAUUCAUAGCAAUCGAUGGUCCUAUGGAUCUCCCAUUUUCUAGGCAUGGAUUCACUUGGUGUAAAUAAUAGAAGGAUUGGCUGUGUUUUGGAGCAUACUGAUAGGGGCUUGGCUGAAAGGAACUAGAUUGACCAAUUUCUAGAUUCUAGUUUGACUUAUCUUGUUCAAACUAGAUCUGAUCACUGUCCCUCUCUGUUAUAGCUCAGAGGCAAGAUGUCUAAGUUCAGUUGUCUAUCAUACCGAGUGUCCAGCAACUUUGCAAAACUAAGAAGGCAAUGAAGAAGUCAUUAAAGGAGUGGAAUCAAGAUAUGGUGGGUAAUAUUUUCAGGAGAACUGAGACUAUGGGGAAGGAGAUUUCUGAGUUACAACACAAAAGAGGCAGAUGAAGGAGGACUAGAUGAAGUUUGAAUUCAAUUAAAGGAGAUCUCAGAACAAUGCCUUAUCAUGGCAACAGGAACUUCUUAGAGAGAAAAAUCCAGAAUUCGGCGGAGCAAGCCAUUCUAGAUUACUUUCAAGCCGCCUAUUCAUGUGAAAUUAAACGAGGAUGUUAACUUGCAAUUAACUCCAGAGAUUGUUAAGGAAGAUUGAAUGUAGACUUCUUAUGCCGCCGAGCGCAAAGUGCUAUUUCUCGUCGAAGCCUACUGACCAAAUAUUAAGCAUAAGGUAUUGGAACAUGAUGUGAAAUUUGAAAUUUAUCACACUUCUUGAAUUUUGAUCUGCACAGACAGAUAUUGGGAAAAAUAAUAUAAAAAUUAGAAUCAUGCAUUCCUUUCAAAAUUUGAAAUUUCCAUUUCUACUAUAUUCACUGAAAGAGUAUAUCAAUGCGCAGAUGCCAAUUCGAUCAAGUAUGUAAAGUUGUUUAUAAACAACUAUACAUCCAGAUCAGAUAUUAGAAUCAUGCAUUCCUUUCAAAGUACAUAAAGUUGUGAAUGGGAUGUUAGCAACAUUCAUAUUGUCUUUAAAAAGAAUGAAAAAAUGGAUAUGUCUAACAAUAGGAUUAGUUUAAUACAUAUUGAUUGAUGAGUUAAACAAAGCAAUUAUAUGAACCAUUAAUUGAAAUGAAAAUCUAAAGCAUCAUCAAAAUAAGAAAGAACCAUCUUUAUGGUAUGUGGAUCCUUAUCAGUAACCUGAUAUCCGGAUCCAUAUCUAGAGAAAAGAAGAACACAGUUAUCUAUCUUAGUAUUUUGAUAAAACUGA